UGUUGGGUUUAACGUCAGGAAACAUAGUUACCGCGUCGCAUAAAGUAAAAUGUAACACUCAAAAAUACAAAUGCCAGAUUUACACGAAAUAUAAGCUGCUUAAUGGCAGUGGCUGUGGAUAUAUCUGGAAGUAAUUAUCUUAGCUACUCUCCGCUCAAUGAUAAACAUAAUAUUUUAUACAGCGGCGCUCGAAACAGCUUCAACCAGCGUUACAAGCAAAAGCCAUGGUUUCGUUUGAAUCCGUGCACAGAUAAAGGAGUCAGAAAAGGGGAGAAUAUAGACCGAUAUGAUCCCGAAAAUGACACUGAAUUAUCACUGUUGCAAUCUUUAGUCAUUGUCGAAGAUUAUUUCAGCGACGCGCCACAGCUGAUCAAAGAAUUCAACAUCAGUGAAUUUUGGGAUUUCUUGUUCUCUGAUAGUUGGUCAAGCGGCCAUUAUGUGCGGGUAUUUGAAGGUCAGCUCCUGGACAUGAUAUUUUCGUGUCUCAUGUCAUUGACGCACUCUUAUAAAGUUGUUCAACACGAAACCAAAGCUUUCGCAAAAAACAAACGACUAAAAUAUUCCACGAUGAAACAAGAAAAAAAGACAGAAGCGGAUCAAAUACUUUGUACAGAGACGUUGCUUCUCAAGUUUAUAUAUUACGGUCACGUGGUUAAACCAACCUUUUUCGACCAAGAGAGUUCACUUGGGUAUCCCGACAUGACAACAACGGCAACAAACAGUUCCUGGCACCAUGAGGCAAUCGCCAAAGACAGUAAAGUUUAUGGUGAAACAAGUUCAACCAUUUGUGUAAGGACGUCUGAUUUAAAGUCGCCUUCUCCUCCACCAAUAAAGGUAAACAGUAUUAAUCAUCAUCCAAGGAAGGCGCGAGUUAGGGCGUCGAGUAAAACAUUUUUUCGAUUAGAAAAUGAAAGAGUAUCGAUGUCAAGAUUUACAUCCCAAAAUGACAGUUUUUUACCAAAUCUUCAAAUACAACGUGGCAGUAACUACCGUUACACGUGCAGCAACUUUAGUAACGCAAGUGACGAUUACAAGAGUUUACCUCCAAAAGUUGAUCUAAAUCAUUUCAUCUGCACCGAGAAAGUUUCGUAUUUAGGAGAGUCAGCGGUGUACCUUGGAGAGUUCCAAUUGCCACCAGAAGACUCAACAGAGGAUGACAAUGACGAUAAUGAUGAUGACACAGAUAAUGACGAUGACAACGAUGACGAUGACAAAGAUAAUGACGAUUACAACGAUAAUGACGAUGACAACGAUAAUGACGAUUACAACGAUGAUGACAAUGACGACGAUGAGAACUUUGGACAGUAUUUUUACUUGGGUGGUGCCGAUAAACCAGUCAAAGGGGACGUACCCGAGUCAGCAAUGGUGAAAUUAAGAAAAAGAAAAGAAAUUGUUCAGCAAAAUCGUAACAAAAAGAAACAACUCAUUGCUCAACGAAAGCAAAGUGGUCUCAUUGCUCAACGAAAGCAAAGUGGUGACAAAAUAAUGCCUGAGUUCUCUGAACUUGACGUCAAGAAGUACGUGAAAGAUCAUGAAGUACCACAAAUAAUAGCAGUACCAAAGAAUGAGACAGUUCCAACACUUGAGGAAUAUGCUGAAAAUUUAGAGGCUGACUUAAAACGCGAAGCAAGACUCAAAGAUAAAGCGAUGGCAAGCAGGACUGCAAAGAAAAGUGCCAUUAAUUUCGGUAAAUUUGGAAUAGCGUUUUCAUUUACUGGUCUUAAGGCUGGUACAGAUGUGAAAAGUUUAAAUAAUAAAACUUCCGCACAAAGAAUGAUUAUGAUUGAGACACUGAUGAAGGCAAGGAAGAAAAAACAGAAGGUACCUGAAAGAACAAAUAAAAUUGUAGUUCCACUUGUUUAUAUAUCAACGCCGUCGGGGCUUACCUUUCUACAUCCAGUAAGUACACCAUUGCUGAAGAAAAAGAAUGUAGAGGAACGACAUCUAGCAUACAUAGGACAGACAGGACCUAAAUUUCCAAAAAUUAAACUGGUUCCUUCGAACGAAAUGGAAUCUCCAGACGAACAAGAUUCAGAAGAAGACGCUGAAGAUAUCGAUGAAGGUGAGUUCAAUUCAAAAAAACUGAACAUUAAAUACAGCACAGAGAGAAUGAGGAAAGUGAAAGCAGCAAUAAGGGCAGAGGAAAGGAGAAAUAAGAGUCACAUAUAUGAUUUAUUGAAAAAAUAUUGCCGCAUGCAAUCUGUCUUUAAAGCAUUUAGUGGGCCACAAAAGAAACGGCACAAAUCAUCUGUUGCUGGUCUACCUUUCGGCACCAGUAUAAAGAAGAAAAAGAAGAAAACGCCCAAAAGUUCUGAAAAUAUUGAACCAGAAUGUAAUGCGUUUGUGAAUGUCGGAAAACUGAAAAAGUUUGCAUUUCUAGAGGCAAAUGAGAAAGCAAAAACUCCGUCAAGUGAACAGUUGAAAUCUCUGUUUAAUAAUUAUCCAAUGGAUCUUUUUUGUGAAAAUUUAGAGAGAGCUUUAAAAGAUUUCGUGGUACGAAGAGAAAUUGUCAUCUCUGACUACAAUGGCAAGACCUUGGUUUCUUUGACUUUUACUAAAAAAUCAGUAUUUACCUCUAGUAAGUAUUCAGUGCAUCAAUAAAAGUUUUUAAAGUUAUAUCAAUUUUAAAUUGAUUGUGAAAAUCAACUAUAAAAAAAUUUAAA